GGUUUCCUGUGGCUAUAUCAUCCGGGCCGACAAAAAAAGCAAAACGAGUCUGUCGGUCCUGGUUUUGUGGGAGACAACAAAGACGUUACGGAAAAAUGGACGGGGAGGAGAAGACCUAUGGAGGCUGUGAGGGGCCAGACGCCAUGUACGUCAAGCUGAUCUCCUCAGAUGGCCACGAGUUCAUUGUAAAGAGAGAACAUGCUUUGACGUCCGGCACCAUCAAAGCUAUGUUGAGCGGUCCUGGUCAGUUUGCUGAAAAUGAAACCAACGAAGUCAAUUUUCGAGAGAUCCCCUCUCACGUCCUCUCCAAAGUGUGCAUGUAUUUCACCUACAAAGUCCGCUACACCAACAGCUCCACGGAGAUCCCAGAAUUCCCUAUUGCUCCAGAGAUAGCGCUUGAACUCCUAAUGGCUGCAAACUUCUUAGAUUGUUAAAAUGAAGAGAAAAAAAUAAAAAUCGCAGGCCUGAACAAUGUAAUAUGUAUUUCUUCUUUUGUUCCUUAUUUUUAGUAUUUAUCUUUUGCCGUAGAAAUAGAUGAGAUGACAAUACAAUGGCGUUUGCUGUGUAAAGUUUUAUUUUUUUUUCCUUAACCCCUUCCCCCAACCCCCAUGCAGCAUUACCUGAUAAACUGUAAGUGAUACUGCAUUUCUCUUAUUACAGACAGAAUCUUCAUUUUAUAUAAUAAAAUCUUUUGGCUGCCUUGCUGUUCGUUGCUGAAUUUUUAGACUUCUAUCUCUCCUGUACUGAUCCUGAAAGUAAAUUUAACUUGCAUGAUGUAACGGCAGUAUCAUAGACAUUUUGUUAAUAAAUAAAAAUUUGCUGACUAUCAAAAUGCAAAAAUAUUUUCAUUUAAUGGGAUAAGUUUGUAUGUUGUUAAGAAGCUCACUAUAUUUCCUGUUUUCCUAAUAGAAAUAGAUUUCAGCAGUGAAAGUGUGAAUGAAAGUGUUCAGGACAUCCAGCUGGCUAAGUAUCUUAGCACUGGUAGACAAAAUACCUUUGCUGUGUCAGGGUGGUGGUUGCGAUGAUUUUCUGAGGCAUUAAUGAACUGAGAUGGAAUAUGGACUGUAAGUGUGUAAAUUUAGGGAACUGGAGGUGGAAUUGGGUAUCUCACUGAAUAGCCAGCUGAGGAAGCACCCAGAGAA